AUGGUCAGAGUGAUCCUCAACGGUAUCCUAGUUGUAUCGGUCUCGGUCCAACGGCGACACUUUAGUCAUAUCUGCGGAGGUACUUACAUAGCACCGAGAUUCGUUUUGUCAGCCGCUCAUUGCAUGGUCAGGUACACCGACCCGUGCACGGUGGUCGGCUGGGGACGACAUAUUCCUGGAUCCAAUAAAGGAGUCGGUACUUAUCUCCGUCGUGUUCAUAUUCCAUUAAUUCCGACGGAGAAAUGCCCUGUUAAAGGAGUUCACACAAGAUGGCAUCUGUGCGCAGGCGUACCAGAAGGUGGACUAGACUCUUGUCAAGGCGAUAGUGGUGGACCAUUACUAUGCGAUGAUAUACAAGUGGGUAUAGUAUCAUGGGGAGAAAAAAUUUGUGCUCUUCCGCAAUCUCCAGGCGUGUAUUGUCGAUUAGACUUGUAUUUAGAUUGGGUGAACAAGACUGUAGAAAACAAUAAUGCAUCCAUAAAUACUUUUAAUAUUGCAAGCAUGUUUCUUUUAUUGAUGUACAUUGCAUUGUAG